AUGGGGGGCAAGCAAAGUACGGCAGGGCGGCCCCGGGGUGCUUUUCCCGGUGUCUCGACGGAUGACAGCGCAGUGCCGCCCUCGGCCCACUUUGGGCACUACCGACCGGGUGGCACUAUGGGGCUACGCAGCCGCUCAGUGAGUUCAGUGGUUGGGAUGGGCAUAGAACAUAGUCCUGCGGUGCCCUUUGGGUUUUAUACCCCCAGAGGAACUGGCUCGGACAGGGCAGGAGGGGGGUCUGGCACUAACGCUGCCCAUGGUAACGGCUACCAGGAAACGGGCGGCGGGCAUCACACGGACGGUAUGCUCUAUCUGGGAUCCCGAGGGUCGUUGGCAGACACCUUGCCCCUGCACAUUGCACCCCGGUGGUUUAGCGCCCACAGUGGUAAGUGUGCACACAUCCACCUCUGGCUGGCAGCAGACAUCAAAGUUAUCAGUUAUCAGGGCUUACAGAGGGAUGCAUUGACAUUAGGCCUAAAUGUCAUCAGCAAACUUCCCUACCAUCCAUGGAACUUAAUUCAUUCAUUUGUGUGUGUGUGCAUGUGUGUACAGCAGGCCAGUAAAUCUGGGUUUAUUGAGUGUCUGACCUCCUGUAUGGCAGGUUGUCUCCAAUACCUUGUUGUGAGAAAUGACGCUAAUAAGCCAUGUUCCCAAAUCUAGCUCAGUCAAUUAGCCUAUGAUUAGAGAGGAGGAGGGAGGGCCCACCGUUAUCAUCUGCUCAGACAACAAUAUGUCUCACUGACUGGGCUUGUCAGGGCCUGAGCUGCAGAAAACUGAGGACACUGGCUCAGGUCCCCAUGCCCUCAUUACCAAAGCCCAAACCAGCAGCCCACAGGAGGGAAACAGAAAGUUAGGCAUCAACAUCCAGAUUGUUUUCCUUCCUUUUAUUGCUAGGCGACCCCUGAUAUUCCUUUUUAUGUGACUGAAAAGCUUUCUGUGAGCGAGGCGAAGGCCCUGGUCCUGCUUCAGGUACAGAAUCUAGCCCUGUUUUCAAAACACGUAGUCUGUCUUUGCUUUCUUCUGUCCUCUCUGGGGGGGGGGGGGGGGACCUAAUGAAGGAAAAGUUACUCAGUGUGAAUGUAUUCAGGUUUCAGAUUCACAGGCUAUUAAUGGUGAUUGAAAAGUGAAGGCCAUGCUAAGUAGACCUAUGCCUUACAAACAGUAUUAAAGAUGUCCAAUAACUCCAUUCUGAGCUUCAUGUCUAUGUCUCUGAUAGAGCACGUUUUGAGACAGAGACACCAAAUCUUAAAUUCUAUCAAUGUCAAACCCUCCAGUCUGUUGUGGUUACACUCCUAUCAUAGUAUGGAUUUGACUGUAGAAUUGCAAAAUUCAUUGAUAGAACCAUGAAAAAUGUAUUUUUCUGGAUAUUUCCUGGAGCCUUUCUCUUAUCUCAGUGGAGCAUUUGUCAGACAUCUUGUUGCCUUCUAUUGAUUAGUCAAACUAGAAACAGUACUGUCAGUCUGCAAAGCAUGUAUGACACAGAGGCUUGAGUUGCCACCAUGGUAGACAGUAGACAGUUCUGCUGCAAAAUAAACAAUGUAAUUAAUACUUUACACCACAUAGUCUGACACAAAGUCACAUCAGAGAUCUCCUAUGACAAUGGGAUAGACUGUACUUCUCAAAGGGUUUGAUCAUUACAAAUGGGCAAUUCUAUUGGAACGGAAUUACGCUGGUCCAAUGCAGUCCUUUUUAUCUCAAUAUCAAAUAAUUUCUGGGUAACAAUUAAGUAACCUACUCUGAUUGUUUUCAAUUAAAAUGGUAAAAAAUAAGAAACAAUUAUUCUUAGCAAACAGCAAUUUCUCAAGCAAGAUUUUUGCUAGGACUCUCUGGGAGUGGUCUGAGUGGGGAGGCAGGCCACCAGGUAGGCCAAAACUCCAUCCCACCAAAACACUAAAAAGGCAUUAUUAUCAUUUUCACAAUUUCACAGUAUUAUUCCAACCUCAUAGUGUGGAAAUAUAUAUUUUUAAAAAUACAGGAAAAUCACGUUUUUGACUGCAUUGGGCCUUUAACAAACCAUAUAACUCUACUCACAAGGACUACUUUUAACAAUUUCCACUGAAAAUGGUACAAAAACUGAUUUGCAGGAUGACCUGUGCAGAUAUGUUUGGUAACAGAAUAAAACUAUGUUACCAAUUAAUUAUGUUACCAAACUUUGCAUCUGCACAGUUCUUCCAGUGAAUGAUUUUUUUUACUGUGUAAAUUGUUUUAAAUAGUCAUUUUGCAUAGAGUUGUAUGGUUUGUUAAACUUUGAAAUCAAUGGUUUUUGUUUGGCAUACAUUGUAAAUGGAAAAAUCUGAGUCUCAGCGUAAUUCUGUUACAGUGGAAUUGCCCAAAUAUCACAGAGGCCUCUGAUCUUUACCAACUGGACUGUUUUGGCCUGUCCUUUUCCUCAGCCUCAGUGAUACUGCAUUAAUACUCUAUCAAUAGUGUAUGACGGUGCCAUAGCCAGAAAUUCAUUCGUGGGUGGGCCAGUGGAAAUUUGGGUGGACCAAAAACAGAACAGCUAACUUUCUGCAAGACAAAUAAUGUCCAGUUUGGAACACUGACAAGUAAAGAGUUUUUCGUUGUUGUUGCUCAAUCUGAUUGGGUGGGCCUGGCUCCCCAGUGUGUGGGCCCGGGCCCACCGAGGCCCUCGGUGCCUACGCACCUGGUGUAUGACUGCCUGAUAAGCUUGAUCCUGGCAGGAAACCUCCUUCUGAUAGCCAACUGUUUGAUCUAGAUGCAAACAGUAAACAACACUGAGACAAUUCUCCCUCCACUGAUGCAGUUCCUAAACAGAGUCCUGUCUGCAUUGUCACUUAGUGAGUUGUUCACCUACUGUUGUUGUUAUGCACUUUCAGAUUAAAGUCCCUUAAACAAUGGUCUGUGUAAUAUCUCUCCUGUGAUAGACCCACAGUGCUCAGUCACCCGUCACAGAGAUAAGUAAUCACUCACUCACCGAUGUGAAUGUGAGCUGAGCAGCGCACUGACUGAACUCUCUUUAAGCGGAAGCCAAUGUAAUUGUUCUCAGAUUAGAGCCAUAAGCAAUCAUUCACUUGUGUACACCGCCAUUUUAAUUGAAAUGUAAAUAAUGAUAAAGAUAACAAACACACACGAACACAUGCACAUAUACACUACUGUAGACACACUGGCAAGUCUUUUAGGAAUGAUGGGAUUGUGGAACAUAUGUGCUAAACUGUCUGGCAGCGGGAUUCAACAAUAUAGGUCACUCUCAUUUUAUUUCUGUUUUCCCAUUCCCUCAUACACUCUCUCUCUCUUCUCCCAUUAGCUCAGCACAGUGUACACAGAGGAAGAGGGACACACACACACACACACACACACAGUCUACACUGGAUUGCUGAGAGAGGAUUUCUGUUGCUGUGACAACCACGUUGGUUGUCACUGCUGUUUUCAAGAUGCACACUUGCUUGCUCCUUGCCACCCCCACAAUAUCCUCACACUUGUUUCCUCAAGAGACAGAGGGCCAGGGAGGGAGAGAGGGAUAGAGGGAGAAAGGAAGAAAAGGGGAAAGGAGGAAGAGAGGGAGGGAGGGAUAGAGGCUUGACAUGUUCCUCUAACAGACUUUCUGUCACCAGUGUUUCACAGCCAGUCUGUUGUUGAGUGACAGCCGACAGAUCUUUCUAAUAAAAGGAUACCACAAAUGCAAAUGAUUGGCCAAUUAGAAGGACAGGGGGACGGAGCUAAGGCAAAGGCAGUGGCGACUGUUGCCAUGAUGUAGGGACUAAAUCCUGUCAUCAUACAGCAGAGACUUUCUAAAGAUAAACCUUUGACAUCAGUAGCAGGGGGCAAUGGCCCCUGUCAAUCAACUACACUGAUGAUGCCACUGGCUACCAAGCAUCACAGUGAUCACCGGAUGCUUUCUAUAUCAUUAAGUAUCACAAACCUAAAUCACAUUGUUUCUCACCACAGCAUAACAGCCCAUUCUGUCUUAUUCGCUGUGUAAUGAUACCCCUUUCUCCCCAACACAAUACACCCCAGUGCAAUUACACACGUCCCUCCUACCCAUACUCUACCCCCGUCUCACCUGUAUCUAAGGCCACAUUACUUCCUGCAAUCAAAGAGUUUAGCUAACACAACAAUAGGUCAGUAUGUCAGCUCUCACGGCCCCCUCCUCCCCCUUUCCAAGUCUUUAACUCUCUCAUUCAGCUGUUUCCAUGGAAACUGCUGUUCUUUCUGGUAAGGUAAAGAGUUGUCUGAGUUGGGUUUGAGUUGGAUGUGAUGUAAUCAAAUGGCUACUAUCCAUGUAUGGGCAUAAUUUCCUGUAUUCUGGACUAAACAGGUCUCUAGACAUGCUCAUGCACCAUCAUUUAGUACCAUCAUUAGAGGGACAACCAGCCCAGACACGUGGAAAGAAGAUAUACACAAACAAACAAGGUCACUAAUUUAAUAAGAUAAUCUAUGUUGUCUUGUCUACUCUAAUGGCUUGAAACAGCAAGGUGUUUGCUCUCCUCAGAGAGACAGAGGCUUUCUGGACAGCAGGCAGAGCAGGGUAUUACAGGGAGCUAGCUGUCACCUUGCCUGCCGUUUGAUUGGAGAGGGAGACAGACUUCCAAUCUGUACUUUUAAUGGUGUCUUAUCCCCUCUGUCUGACUGUGUCCCAAACAGCACCCUAUUCCCUAUAUAGUGCACUACUUUUGUAGAAUCUUAUGUAGGAUCUUAAUUAGAUCACUCUGUUGCAAGAUAACUUUCCUGCAAUGCAGGAAAUGUAAAACCUGUAGUGUAUUUUAAGUUUGUAAUUUCCACUUUUACAUUUGACUUGAUUUUCCCUUUUUAAAAAUGUAUCAAAACCUACAAAAAUUCUCAUUAAUUAUAAUCCACAUAAUAAUUCACAUUUCCUGUUUCUGCAGGAUGAUUUUCCUGCUGUAGCAAACUGGCUCAAAUUAAGAUCCUACAUCUGUAUAAGGAAUAGGGUGCCAUUUGGGAUGCACACUCUGUUUGUCUGCUUCCCCUCUGCUCUGUUCAUAAUGCUACUCCUGAACCUUACUGUGUUUAUGUCUGGCUGGCUACCACAACUCCCCCGCUCCUCUCUUCCCUCCUCCAUCUCUCCCCUACAUGAUUCUCUGAGCAAAGACAGAUCUGGUCAAAUGUCAUUUUGAAAACAUAAUGAAUGCAAGGAGAGAUCUAGUCAGGAUAGUUUACGAUAAUUAGUUUAUUUUGUGUUAUUUCUUGUGUUCAUAAAAUUAUACCAAUGAACCAAGGGAAUGCUAUUAAAAUAUGAAUCUAAAUAUUGAUAUUGUGACUUUGAAAUCCAAUGAUCUACUCCUGAGGUGGUCUUCUUGAUGUGAAGACUCCCUUUAGAUCAUGUUUAUUGUUAUGGAAUGCUUAAGGGAACAGGGGGGUAGGCAUCCUUGCAUUUUAACCCACUGAAACCUACUUCUUACUUUGUUCUAAUAAUAAAUGUUGUUUAAUGAUAUUCUGAUCUAUAUCAACCAUCAUGUAUUAUAUAUAUAUAUAUAUAUAUAUAUAUAUAUAUAUAAUGCAUUCGGAAAGUAUUCAGACCCCUUGACUUUUUCCACAUUUUGUUACGUUACAGCCUUAUUCUAAAAUGGAUUAGAUAGUUUUCCCCCUCGUCAAUCUACACACAAUACCCCAUAAUGACAAAGCAAAAACAGGUUUUUAGAAAAUUUAGCCCCAAAAUUUUUUCUAACGGAAAUAUCACAUCUACAAUAGUAUUCAGACCCUUUACUCCGUAUUUUGUUGAAGCACUUUUGGCAGCGAUUACAGCCUUAAGUCUUCUUGGGUAUGACGCGACAAGCUUGGCACACAUGUAUUUGGGGAGUUUCUCCCAUUCUUCUCUGCAGAUCCUCUCAAGCUCUAUCAGGUUGGAUGGGGAGCAUCGCUGCACAUCUAUUUUCAGGUCCCUCCAGAGUUGUUAGAUCGGGUUCAAGUCCGGCCUCUGGCUGGGCCACUCAAGGACAAUCAGAGACUUGUCCCGAAGCCACUCCUGCGUUGUCUUGGCUGCGUGCUUAGAGUUGUUGUCCUGUUGGAAGGUGAACCUUCGCCCCAGUCUGAGGUCCUGAGCACUCUGGAACAGGUUUUCAUCAAGGAUCUCUCUGUACUUUGCUCUGUUAAUCUUUGCCUCGAUCCUGACUAGUCUCCUAGUCCCUGCCGCUGAAAAACAUCCCCACCGCAUGAUGCUGCCACCACCAUGCUUCACCGUAGGGAUGGUGCCAGGUUUCCUCCAGAUGUGACGCUUGGCAUUCAGGCCAAAGAGUUCAAUCUUGGUUUCAUCAGACCAGAGAAUCUUGUUUUUCAUGGUCUGAGAGUCCUUUAGGUGCCUUUUGGCAAACUCCAAGCUGGCUGUCAUGUGCCUUUUACUGAGGAGUAGCUUCCGUCUGGCCACUCUACCAUAAAGGCCUGAUUGGUGGAGCCCUGCAGAGAUGGUAGUCCUUCUGGAAGGUUAUACCAUCUCCACAGAGGAACUCUGGAGCUCUGUCAGAGUGACCAUCGGGUUCUUGGUCACCUCCCUGACCAAGGCCCUUCUCCCCCGAUUGCUCAGUUUGGCCGGGUGGCCAGCUCUAGGAAGAGUCUUGUUGGCUCCAAACUUCUUCCAUUUAAGAAUGUUGGAGGCCACUGUGUUCUUGGGGUCCUUCAAUGCUGCAAAACGUUUUUGGUACCCUUCCCCAGAUCUGUGCCUCGACACUAUCCUGUUUCGGAGCUCUAUGGACAAUUCCUUCGACCGGUUUUUGCUCAGACAUGCACUGUCAACUGUGGGACCUUAUAUAGACAGGUGUGUGCCUUUCCAAAUCAUGUCCAAUCAAUUGAACUUACCACAGGUGGACUCUAAUUAAGUUGUAGAAACAUCUUAAGGAUGAUCAAUGGAAACAGGAUGCACCUGAGCUCAAUUUCGAGUCUCAUAGCAAAGGGUCUGAAUACUUAUGUAAAUAAGGUAUUUCUGUUUUUUAUUUUGAAUACAUUUGCUAUAAUUUCCAAAAACCUCUUCGCUUUGUCAUAUGGUGUAUUGUGUGUAGAUUGAUGAGGAUGUUUUUUUUUAUUUAAUCAAUUUUAGAAUAAGGCUGUAACGUAACAAAAUGUGGAAAAAGUCAAGGGGUCUGAAUACUUUCCGAAUGAAUUGUAUAAUUUAUGUGGCGAUGACAGGAUUGCUUUAACUAGAGAUUAAUGAUUCAUGAAGCGUACAGAUUCAUGAUUGCUUUAAAAUCAAUACAAGCUCAAGGUAGAAGCUGAACAUUUGUCUAAAUGAAUUGCAACAAUUAAUUAAAAUAGUAUGUUGGCUUUGUGGGUGAGGAUGUUGUCAUGAUGGUCUUCAGAACCUCUGGAAACUAAAGGUCUGAAAAUUAAUACUUUAUUCAUUCAAAACCAGAAAACUUCCCAAGUUAGUGUUCAUCUGGCUCACAGUUUUGGCCUGUGGAGGCAGGGCCGGUUCCAGGCAUAUGUGGUCGCUAGGGGGACCCCAAUAAAUAAAUAAAAAUACAGUACACUAAACAAAAAUAUAAAUGCAACAUGUAAAGUGUUGGUCCCAUGUUUCAUGAGCUGAAAUAAAAGGCACAGGCGCCGUUGAGACUGGUGUUUUGCGGGUACUAUUUAAUGAAGCUGCCAGUUGAGGACCUGUGACGCGUCUGUUUCUCAAACUAGACACUAAUGUAUUUGUCCUCUUGCUCAGUUGUGCACCGGGGCCUCCCACUCCUCUUUCUAUUCUGGUUAGAGCCAGUUUGCGCUGUUCUGUGAAGGGAGUAGGACACAGCGUUGUACGAGAUCUUCAGUUUCUUGGCAAUUUCUCGCAUGGAAUAUCCUUCAUUUCUCAGAACAAGAAUAGACUGACGAGUUUCAGAAGAAAGUUAUUUGUUUCUGGCCAUUUUGAGCCUGUAAUCGAACCCACAAUUGCUGAUGCUCCAGAUACUCAACUAGUCUCAAGAAGGCCAGUUUUAUUGCUUCUUUAAUCAGCACAACAGUUUUCAGCUGUACUAAUAUAUUUGCAAAAGGGUUUUCUAAUGAUCAAUUAGCCUUUUAAAAUGAUAAACUUGGAUUAGCAAACAACGUGCCAUUGGAACACAGGACUGAUGGUUGCUGAUAAUGGGCCUCUGUACGCAUAUGUAGAUAUUCCAUUAAAAAUCAGCCGUUUCCAGCUACAAUAGCCAUUUACAACAUUAACAAUGUCUACACUGUAUUUCUGAUCAAUUUGAUGUUAUUUUAAUGGACACAUUUUUUUUCUUUUCUUUGAAAAUAAGGACAUUUCGAAGUGACCCCAAACUUUUGAACAGUAGUGUGUAUAUAUAUUUUAGGAACUCAGUUGUGGUCUCAACUUACUAUUGAGAGUAAGAAUAGUAGAAUACACCAGGUGCAAUUUAGAAAUUUAGUUUUUCUCUUGUUAUGUCAGUCACUGACAGUCACUCAAUUAGCCAUGUCGGCUAACAAUUUUUGGAUUGGUAGUUAGUCUAGCCAGCUAUCUAUCUUGUAGUAAUCAUGGCCGAAUAUAGACGGGGCACGCAGGGGGCCCCCAUUUGGUUUUGCUAGUCAUUCUCACUCAGAUAUCAUAUUAACAUGUCACGAUCGUUGAGAGACGGGUCAGACCAAGGUGCAGCGUGGUAUGCGUACAUAUUUAUUAAUGAAGAUAAACACUUGACAAAACAACAAAAGCAACAUAACGUGAAGUGCUAUGGGCUAUACUCACAACAAGCCAAACCAGAACACAAACACGAGUCAAGAUCCCACAACUAAGGUAGGCAACAUGGCUACCUAAGUAUGAUCCCCAAUCAGAGACAACGUGCGACAUCUGCCUCUGGUGUGGGAGGCCCCGACCCUGGAGAGGGGCUGACUUCUGGGUCUGGAGUGGAGCCGCUGACCGGAGCUGGACUGGGCACCGGUGGAGCGUAUUGCUGGCACUGGAAUGGAGCCGCUGACCGGAGCUGAACUAGGCACCGGUGGAGCGGAAUGCUCUGGCUCCGGAGUGGAGCCGCUGACCGGAGCUGUACUGGGCACCGGUGGAGCGGACUGCUCUGGGUCCGGAGUGGAGCCGCUGACUGGGGCUGGACUGGGAACACGCACCACUGGUCUGGUGCGAGGGGCAGGCACGGGUCGUGCCGGACUGGAGACACGCACCACUGGUUUGGUGCGGGGAGCAGGUACGGGCCGUACCGGACUGGAUAUACGCACCACUGGUUUGGUGCGGGGAGCACGUGCGGGGCGUACCGGGCUGGCGACAUGCACCACUGGUUUGGUGCGGGGAGCAGGUACGGGCCGUACCCCCCCCCCCCCCCCCCCCCCAUUUUUUUUCUUGGGGCUGCUUCUCGGGCUUUCUUCGUGACCGAGUCCUUUUGGGUCGCCGUUUCUCCUCUCCUGCCUGGGCUUCCUCCUUCGCCCAGGGUCCUCUAACAGCCAAUAUCUCCUCCCAAGUCCAAAAUGACUUCCCCACCUGUGUCCAGGGUGUCUGCUGCUCCUGGGCACGCUGCUUGGUCCGUUGGUGGUGGGAUCUUCUGUCACGAUCGUUGAGAGACGGGUCAGACCAAGGUGCAGCGUGGAAUGCAUACAUAUUUAUUAAUGAAAAUAAACACUUGACAAAACAACAAAAGCAACGUAACGUGAAGACCUAUGGGCUAUACUCACAACAAGCCAAACCAGAACACAAACACGAGUCAAGAUCCCACAACUAAGGUAGGCAACAUGAUCCCCAAUCAGAGACAACGAGCGACAGCUGCCUCUGAUUGGGAAUCACGCCCGGCCAAACAUAGAAAUACACAUUCUAGAUCCCAAAAAUAGAAUCUAAUAACAUAGAUCUCAACCUGAACUCAACCAACAAGAGUUCUCUAUGUCAGGGCGUGACAUAACAUGGCAUGUCAUUAAAAAAAUUGUAUAAUUGCAGGAAAUUCGCUUUAAAAUGGCAAACAUUUAUCUCAGUCCCAUGGCAAAAUAGGUAGAUUUUCAUUAAAUUAGCUGUAAAACUGCAACAUUUUCUCUAUGCCUCAUGACAAAAUGUGUAGAAUUGCAGGAAAUGAACUUUAAAACUUUACAGUUUUCUCUCCACUGUCAAGAUGGGGGCCACUAAAAUGUUUUACCAUGAGGUGUGGUAAAACCAAAUCUCGUUUAUGGCCCCCAAAAGACCUGUGUGGAGGAAAUGAUUCUUAGGUAUUUUAACUGUGCUUAUGCAGUGAUGUUUGUGUCACAUGAGUGAAAUAUUUUGGCAGAUGCAUGGCCUUGCCUUACCAUCAGCAGUUCACUGUUAUUUGCAAAUCGUAGCAUUUAUCCAAAACAUUUUUCUGUGCUUUUCGGUCUUCCGUUACAACCAGGCCUAGAGCCUAGAUAUUUAUGUGAAGGUUGAAUACACUUGUUACAACAAUGUAUGGAUUCAGUCGGAGUGUGGUUUACAAAACAAUUAACCUAACCAUUAAUUCGAUUUAAACUCAAUUAGGGGGCUGAUCCUAUCUAUCUACUCCUUGUUUUGUUUGGUCGUUUAAGUGAUCCAUUUCUUAUGCCUAAUGUUUACAAUUUAGUCUUAAAUCACAGUAAUUCACAUUUUAAGCGCUUCUGAAAAAGGGUAAAUGCAGUUUGACAUCAUCUAAAAAAGGUGAUGGUUUUCCCUCUCCUCUCUCUUCUGUCUCACACACAGGGAGAGGAGGGGGCAGGUAUCGAGAGGGUAAUGAUCCUGAGGAAGGAAGCUAUCAUAAUGGUGGUGGCAGUCAUGGACAUUUUAUGAGCUUCUAAGACAUAAGUAUUUUUGUAAGGUUUUGAAUUCUUUAUCAUUGACGAUGGGGAAUGGGGAUGGACUGCAGAGGGAUCAUGAAAAAUGCAUGGAGCAGAGAUUGAGUCAGUCGGCUCGGCUUGAAAAAUGUGUCGGCUUUGUCGAGAAGCGCCAUGGGACACUUUAACAGAAGCGCAGUGUGACGGCUCUUUUUCACCUACAGAAACAUAUGGGCAGCACGCUGGUCAGCAUGGGCUUAGCAUGCCCACUCCAUAGUUACUUUAACAAUAGCUUGAUAUCUAUACAGUUGUGUGACAACAUCUAUACUCUACAUUGUUCAGGGUAAGUAUACAGUGGCUGUACUAUUACUUAGUAAGAAUAUCAAAUCAAUUUUAUUUGUCACAUGCUUCGUAAACAACAGGUAGACUAACAGUGAAAUGCUUACUUACAGGCCCUUCCCAACAAUGCAGAGAGGAAAAAAAAGAGAAAUUAUAGAAAAAUAAUAACACAAGGAAUAAAUACACAAUGAGUAACGAGAACUUGGCUAUAUAAACGGGGUACCAGUACCGAGUCGAUGUGCAGGGGUACGAUGUAAUUGAGGUACAUAUGUACAUAUACCACAGGAGGUUGGUGUCACCUUAAUUGGGGAGGACGGGGUCAUGUUAAUGGUUGGAGCGGAAUUAAUGGAAUGGUAUCAAAUACAUCAAACACAUGGUUUCCAUGUGUUGGAUGCCAUUCCAUUCGCUCUGUUCCGGCCAUUAUUAUAAGCCAUCCUUCCCUCAGCAGCCUCCUGUGGCAUAUACUGUAGGUAGGAAUAAAGUGCCUAGGCAACAGGAUAGAUAACAAACAGUAACAGCAGCGUAUGUGAUGAGUCAAAAUAGUUAGUGCAAAAAGGGUCAAUGCAGAUAGUCCGGGUAGCUAUUGGUUAACUAUUUAACUAACUAUUUAGCAGCCUUAUGGCUUGGGGGUAGAAGCUGUUCAAGGUCUUGUUGGUUCCAGAUUUGGUGCAUCGACCUGCGUACCGUGCAGUAGCAGAGAGAACAGUCUAUGACUUGGGUGGCUGGAGUCUUUGACCAUUUUUAGGGCCUUCCUCUGACACCGCCUGGUAUAGAGGUCCUGGAUUGUAGAGAGCUCGGCCCCAGUGAUGUACUGGGCCGUACGCACUACCCUCUGUAGUGCCUUGCCAAGCAUUUGCCAUACCAAGCGGUGAUGCAGCCAGUCAAGAUACUCUCAAUGGUGCAGCUGUAGAACUUUUUGAAGAUCUGAGGGCCCAUGCCAAAUCUUUUCAGCCUCCUGAGGGGGAAGAGGCAUUGUCAUGCCCUCUUCACGACUGUGUUGGUGUGUGUGGACCAUGAUAAUUCCUUAGUGAUGUGGACACAUAGGAACUUGAAGGUCUCGACCUGCUCCACUACAGACCCGUCGAUGUGGAUGGGGCCGUACUCGGUCAUCCGUUUCCUGUAGUCCACGAUCAGCUCCUUUGUCUUGCGGAUGUUGAGGGAGAGGUUGUUGUCUUCGCACCACACUGCCAGGUCUCUGACCUCCCUGUAGGCUGUCUCAUCGUCGGUGAUCAGGCCUACCACUGUUGUGUCGUCGGCAAACUUAAUGAUGGUGUUGUGCGUGGCCACGCAGUCGUGGGUGAACAGGGAGUACAGGAGGGGACUAAGCACACACCCCUGAGGGGCCCCUGUGUUGAGGGUCAGCAUGGCGGAUGUGUUGUUGCCUACCCUCACCACCUGCGGGCGGCCCGUCAGGAAGUCCAUGAUCCAGUUGCAGAGGGAAGUGUUUAAUCCCAGGGUCCUUAGCUUAGUGAUGAGCUUGGAGGGCACUAUGGUGUUGAAGCUGAGAUGUAGUCAAUUAACAGUAUUCUCACGUAGGUGUUCCUUUUGUCCAGCUGGGAAAGGGCAGUGUGGAGUGCAAGUGAGAUUACGUCAUCUGUGGAUGCGAAUUGGAGUUGGUCCAGAGUGUCUGGGAUGAUGGUGUUGAUGUGAGCCAUGACUAACCUUUCAAAGCAUUUCAUGGCUACAGAUGUGAGUGCUACGGGGCGAUAGUAAUUUAGACAGGUUACCUUGGCGUUCUUGGGCACAGGGACUAUGGUGGUCUGCUUGAAACAUGUAGGUAUUACAGACUGGGUCAGGGAGAGGUUGGAAAUGUCAGUGAAGACACUUGCCAGCUGGUCAGCGCAUGCUCUGAGUACGUGUCCUGGUAAUCCGUCUGGCCCUGCGGCCUUGUGAAUGUUAACCUGUUUAAAGGUCUCACUUACAUUGGCUACGGAGAGCGUGAUCACACAUAAGAUAUCUGUUGUGGUGUGGUGGUUAGUCUUAGUUUCAUGUAGGUACAUUUUAUUGUGUUGAUUAUUUGUAUUCUCUCUGCCAGUAUGAAGUAUUCCCUGUGUAGCUCAGUUGGUAGAGCAUGGCGCUUGCAACGCCAGGGUUGUGUGUUCGUUUCCCACGGGGGGCCAGUAUGAAAAAAUGUAUGCACUCACUAACUGUAAGUCACUCUGGAUAAGAGCGUCUGCUAAAUGACUAAAAUGUAAAUGUACGUGUGUUUUGAUGAAGGGCCAGCUCUGUGUUCAUGACACACACUGUGUUCACUGUAGGGAAUAUCUUUGUUUGCUUAUGUUUUGAUGCAGUCUUGUUAUUCACUUUUGUCCCUAUUUGACCUCACAGCAGAGUGCUAUUUUUCAGUUACAGUAUGUUCUCAGAGGCUGAUGUCGUCUCAGUGGAUAGACACACACACACACACACACACACACACACAAACAGACACACACACCUAUGUUAAGUGAAAUAAAAUGUGUGAAAGUCUGAAUAAGAUAGGGAAGGGUAAAUUAGCAUUGUUUCCAUUCCAUGAUAAGGGUAAAAGGUCCACAGUGUCGUCAUGUGAACUCUGUUCGAACACUUCUUUGAUCAUUGGAAUGGUCAUAGAGAUGCUGCCAUAAAAUGUCUGCUUUGCCAUUUACAGAUAGGGCCUCCCUGGCCUCUUGGCUUCUGGGAGGUGAUCCAUGGGCUUUCUCUGUCCAUCAGAUCCAACCUCUGCAGAGCAUCUCUCAUAUAAAGUCCUCACUCUACCUUUCUUCUGCACCUCUCUUUUUUCUCAAAUUUCUUCCAUCCCUCUCUCCGUCUGUCCCUAAGGAGGGGCUGGAAAUAGCAGCCAGGGGAAAGUGGGUCAGCUGCCGUGGGGGCUGGUUGGUGGGGAGGGGGCCCUGGUUUAGUAACUGACUAUGUGUACUUGGACCCUUCUUAGUUUCUCCCUCCUUCUAUCUAUCAAUCCCACCCUCAUCUCUUUGUCAUACUUAUCUUCCAAGCUACUCCCUUACCUAGACCUCUACGGCUUGUCUGGAUCUCUCCAUCUCUUCUGCUGACUGUGCUGGUCCAUCUGGUUAAUGCUUUAUGCUCUCCAGGUGAAUCCCAGACAGUCUCAGAGAAACCAGACAAACCUCAAAUAAAGAUUUUAGACCGUAGAUUAUAUAAUAGGUAGGACUGGUGGACUUAUGUCGCACAUGCAGCAAACAAAAACAUAUGGAAAUGUCUGCUCUACCCAAAAUUACGACCAAAUAAUUGCAACAUUACCGCAAAAAUGGAAGAGAAAAGUGGAAGGGGGAAAAAGUAAGGAACUUGUCUGUCGGCCCUGCAUUAAAGAACAUAAUUGGUUAAAGAAAAUUGUGAUAAAUAAAAAAGUAUACCUGUUUCAUUUAAGGACCAAAGGAUUGACAGCCGUCCCAUAUACAGUUGAAGUCGGAAGUUUACAUACACUUAGGUUGGAGUCAUUAAAACUUGUUUUUCAACCACUCCACAAAUAUCUUCUUAACAAACUAUAAUUUUGGCAAGUCGUUUAGGACAUCUACUUUGUGCAUGACACAAGUCAUUUUUCCAUCAAUUGUUUACAGACAGAUUAUUUCACUUAUAAUUCACUGUAUCACAAUUCCAGUGGGUCAGAGGUUUACAUACACUAAGUUCACUGUGCCUUUAAACAGCUUGGAAAAGUCCAGAAAAGGAUGUAAUGGCUUUAGAAGCUUCUGAUAGGCUAAUUGACAUCAUUUGAGUCAAUUGGAGGUGUACCUGUGGAUGUAUUUCAAGGCCUACCUUCAAACUCAGUGCCUCUUUGCUUGACAUCAUGGGAAAAUCAAAAGAAAUCAGCCAAGACCUCAGAAAAACAAUUGUAGACCUCCACAAGUCUGGUUCAUCCUUGGGAGCAAUUUCCAAAUGCCUGAAGGUACCAUGUUCAUCUGUACAAACAAUAGCACGCAAGUACAGUGAGUACUGCUGAUUUUGUAAGUUUGCCCACUGACAAAGACAUGAUCAGUCUAUAAUUUUAAUGGUAGGUUUAUUUGAACAGUGAGAGACAGAAUAACAACAAAAAAAUCCAGAAAAAUACAUGUCAAAAAUGUUAUAAAUUGAUUUGCAUGUUAAUGAGGGAAAUAAGUAUUUGACCCCUCUGCAAAACAUGACUUAGUACUUGGUGGCAAAACCCUUGUUGGCAAUCACAGAGGUCAGACGUUUCUUGUAGUUGGCCACCAGGUUUGCACACAUCUCAGGAGGGAUUUUGUUCCACUCCUCUUUGCAGAUCUUCUCCAAGUCAUUAAGGUUUCGAGGCUGACGUUUGGCAACUCGAACCUUCAUCUCCCUCCACAGAAUUUCUAUGGGAUUAAGGUCUGGAGACUGGCUAGGCCACUCCAGAACCUUAAUGUGCUUCUUCUUGAGCCACUCCUUUGUUGCCUUGGCCGUGUGUUUUGGGUCAUUGUCAUGCUGGAAUACCCAUCCACAACCCAUUUUCAAUGCCCUGGCUGAGGGAAGGAGGUUCUCACCCAAGAUUUGACAGUACAUGGCCCCGUCCAUCGUCCUUUUGAUGCGGUGAAGUUGUACUGGGGCGGCAGGUAGCUUAGCGGUGAAGUUGUUGGUCUGGGGCGGCAGGUAGCUUAGUGGGUAAGAGCGUUGUGCCAGUAACCGAAAGGUCGCUGGUUCUAAUCCCCGAGCCGACUAGGUGAAAAAUCUGUCGAUGUGCCCUUAAGCAAGGCACUUAACCCUAAUUGCUCCUGUAAGUCGCUCUGGAUAAGAGCGUCUGCCAAAUGACUAAAAUGUAAAUGUAAAUGUACUGUCCCCUUAGCAGAAAAACACCCCCAAAGCAUAAUGUUUCCACCUCCAUGUUUGACGAUGGGGAUGGUGUUCUUGGGGUCAUAGGCAGCAUUCCUCCUCCUCCAAACACGGCGAGUUGAGUUGGUGCCAAAGAGCUUGAUUUUGGUCUCAUCUGACCACAACACUUUCACCCAGUUCUCCUCUGAAUCAUUCAGAUGUUCAUUGGCAAACUUCAGACGGGCCUGUAUAUGUGCUUUCUUGAGCAGGGGGACCUUGCGGGCGCUGCAGGAUUUCAGUCCUUCACGGCGUAGUGUGUUACCAAUUGUUUUCUUGGUGACUAUGGUCCCAGCUGCCUUGAGAUCAUUGACAAGAUCCUCCCGUGUAGUUCUGGGCUGAUUCCUCACCAUUCUCAUGAUCAUUGCAACUCCACGAGGUGAGAUCUUGCAUGGAGCCCCAGGCCAAGGGAGAUUGACGGUUCUUUUGUGUUUCUUUUGUCACCUUCUCACCAAGCUGCUUGGCGAUGGUCUUGUAGCCCAUUCCAGCCUCGUGUAGGUCUACAAUCUUGUCCCUGACAUCCUUGGAGAGCUCUUUGGUCUUGGCCAUGGUGGAGAGUUUGGAAUCUGAAUAAUUGAUUGCUUCUGUGGACAGGUGUCGUUUUUACAGGUAACAAACUGAGAUUAGGAGCACUCCCUUUAAGAGUGUGCUCCUAAUCUCAGCUCGUUACCUGUAUAAAAGACACCUGGGAGCCAGAAAUCUUUCUGAUUGAGAGGGGGUCAAAUACUUAUUUCCCUCAUUAAAAUGCAAAUCAAUUUCUAACAUUUUUGACAUGCGUUUUUCUGGAUUUUGUUGUUGUUAUUCUAUCUCUCACUGUUCAAAUAAAACUACCAUUAAAAUUAUAGACUGAUCAUAUAUUUGUCAGUGGGCAAACGUACAAAAUCAGCAGGGGAUCAAAUACUUUUUUCCCUCACUGUAUAAACACCAUGGGACCACGCAGCCGACAUACCGCUCAGGAUGGAGACCCAUUCUGUCUCCUAGAGAUUAACGUACUUUGGUGCAAAAAGUGUAAAUCAAUCCCAGAACAACAGCAAAGGACCUUGUGAAGAUGCUGGAGGAAACAACAAGUACAAAAGUGUCUAUAUCCACAGUAAAACGAGUCCUAUAUCGACAUUAACCUGAAAGGCCACUCAGCAAGAAAGAAGCCACUACUCCAAAACCGACAUAAAAAAGCCAGACUACGGUUUGCAACUUCACAUGGGGACAAAGAUCAUACUUUUUGGAAUGUCCUCUGGUCUGAUGAAACAAAAAUAUAACUGUUUGGCCAUAAUGACCAUCGUUAUGUUUGGAGGAAAAAGGGGAAGGUUUGCAAGCCGAAGAACACCAUCCCAACCGUGAAGCACGGGGGUGGCAGCAUCAUGCUGUGGGGGUGCUUUGCUGCAAGAGGGACUGGUGCACUUUGCAAAAUAGAUGGCAUCAUGAGGAAGGAAAAUUAUGUGGAUAUAUUGAAGUAACAUCUCAAGACAUCAGUCAGGAAGUUAAAGCUUGGUCGAAAAUGGGUCUUCCAAAUGGACAAUGACCCCAAGCAUACUUCCAAAGUUGUGGCAAAAUGGCUUAAGGACAACAAAGUCAAGGUAUUGGAGUGGCCAUCACAAAGCCCUGACCUCAAUCCUAUAGAACAUUUGUGGGCAGAACUGAAAAAGCAUGUGUGAGCAAGGAGGCCUACAAACCUGACUCAGUUACACCAGCUCUGUCAGGAGGAAUGGGCCAAAAUUCACCCAACUUAUUGUGGGAAGCUUGUGGAAAGCUACCCUAAAUAUUUGACCCAAGUUAAACAUUUUAAAGGCAAUGCUACAAAAAAACGAAUUGAGUGUAUGUAAACUUCUGACCCACUGGGAAUGUGAUGAAAUAAAUAAAAGCUGAAAUAAAUCAUUCUCUUUAUUAUUAUUCUGACAUUUCAUAUUCUUAAAAUAAAGUGUUAAUCCUAGCUGUCCUAAAACAGGGAAUUCUUACUAGGAUUAAAUGUCAGGAAUUAUGAAAAACUCAGUUUAAAUGUAUUUGGCUAAGGUGUAUGUAAACUUCCGACUUCAACUGUACAUUGCAAAAUAGUUGGGAAGAGAUUUUUGACGUACCGAUUCCAUGGCAUAGUGUUUAUGAACAGAUACGCAAAACGACGCCGGAUUCAAAAUUUAUAAUUUUUCAAUUUAAAUUAUUAUCGAAAAUUCUUGCUACCAAUAUAAUGUUAUUUAUAUGGGGGAUACAUUCUUCCCAGCUCUGCAGAUUUAGCUGCGAAGAGACAGAAUCAUUAGAUCAUUUGUUUUGGUACUGUCCAUUUGUAGCUUGUUGUUGGUCACAGGUCCAGGAAUGGGUGAAGGAUUGCAAUAUUUACCUGGAGCUAACCCUGCAGAUAGCACUACUGGGUGAUCUGAAAAGUCAUAGUCAAUCGAUCAAUAAUAUAAUAAUACUUUUAGCAAAAAUGUUUAUUUUCAAUUAAUAAUCUGUAGAAACAAUGAGAAUAGAAAGGUUCAGAACUUUUGUAAAACAUCACAGUACAGUUGAAAAAUAUAUGAAAAAUAUAUGGCAAAUAUAAAUCCAAUAUGGAUGGUGUUAAGAGAUAGAUGGGAGGUGUUGAAUGGAGCUGAAGGAUGGGACUAAUAACAACUAACAACAACUAAUAACAACAAGAUAACUAAUGUAAAGCAUACUGUGUCCAUAAUAAGUACAGUGGGGAGAACAAGUAUUUGAUACACUGCCGAUUUUGCAGGUUUUCCUACUUACAAAGCAUGUAGAGGUUUGUAAUUUUUAUCAUAGGUACACUUCAACUGUGAGAGACAUAAUCUAAAAUAAAAAUCCAGAAAAUCGCGUUGUAUGAUUUUUAAGUAAUUCAUUUGCAUUUUAUUGCCUGACAUAAGUAUUUGAUCACCUACCAACCAGUAAGAAUUCCGGCUCUCACAGACCUGUUAGUUUUUCUUUAAGAAGCCCUCCUGUUCUCCACUCAUUACCUGUAUUAACUGCACCUGUUUGAACUUGUUACCUGUAUAAAAGACACCUGUCCACACACUCAAUCAAACAGACUCCAACCUCUCCACAAUGGCCUGCACAAGGCUGGGAUGGGCUACAGGACAAUAGGCAAGCAGCUUGGUGAGAAGGCAACAACUUUUGGCGCAAUUAUUAGAAAAUGGAAGAAGUUCAAGAUGACGGUCAAUCAACCUCGGUCUGGGGCUCCAUGCAAGAUCUCACCUCGUGGGGCAUCAAUGAUCAUGAGGAAGGUGAGUGAUCAGCCCAGAACUACACGGCAGGACCUGGUCAAUGACCUGAAGAGAGCUGGGACCACAGUCUCAAAGAAAACCAUUAGUAACACACUACGCCGUCAUGGAUUAAAAUCCUACAGCGCACGCAAGGUCCCCCUGCUCAAGCCAGCGCAUGUCCAGGCCCGUCUGAAGUUUGCCAAUGACCAUCUGGAUGAUCCAGAGGAGGAAUGGGAGAACGUCAUGUGGUCUGAUGAGACAAAAAUAGAGCUUUCUGGUCUAAACUCCACUCGCCGUGUUUGGAGGAAGAAGAAGGAUGAGUACAACCCCAAGAACACCAUCCCAACCGUGAAGCAUGGAGGUGGAAACAUCAUUCUUUGGGGAUGCUUUUCUGCAAAGGGGACAGGACGACUGCACCGUAUUGAGGGGAGGAUGGAUGGGGCCAUGUAUCGCGAGAUCUUGGCCAAUAACCUCCUUCCCUCAGUAAGAGCAUUGAAGAUGGGUCGUGGCUGGGUCUUCCAGCAUGACAACGACCCGAAACACACAGCCAGGGCAACUAAGGAGUGGCUCUGUAAGAAGCAUCUCAAGGUCCUGGAGUGGCCUAGCCAGUCUCCAGACCUGAACCCAAUAGAAAAUCUUUGGAGGGAGCUGAAAGUCCGUAUUGCCCAGCGACAGCCCCGAAACCUGAAGGAUCUGGAGAAGGUCUGUAUGGAGGAGUGGGCCAAAAUCCCUGCUGCAGUGUGUGCAAACCUGGUCAAGACCUAUAGGAAACAUAUGAUAUCUGUAAUUGCAAACACAGGUUUCUGUACCAAAUAUUAAGUUCUGCUUUUCUGAUGUAUCAAAUACUUAUGUCAUGCAAUAAAAUGCAAAUUAAUUACUUAAAAAUCAUACAAUGUGAUUUUCUGGAUUUUUUAGAUUCCGUCUCUCACAGUUGAAGUGUACCUAUGAUAAAAAUGACAGACCUCUACAUGCUUUGUAAGUAGGAAAACCUGCAAAAUUGGCAGUGUAUCAAAUACUUGUUCUCCCCACUGUAUAUAGGUUAUAGGUUGAGAGCUUUUGUGAAAGAGCACAGUUAGAAAGAUAAGGCAUUAGAAGCAAACCGAAUGGACAUCAUGAAAAUGAUCGGAGUUUGAGGGUAGAGGAAGUUCAGGAGUAAAAACAAACAAAAUAUAAUUAUUGUGCUCUUGCUCAGUUGUGCACCGGGGCCUCCCACUCCUCUUUCUAUUCUGGUUUGAGCCAGUUUGCUCUGUUCUGUGAAGGGAGUUGUACGAGAUCUUCAGUUUCUUGGCAAUUUCUCGCAUGGAAUAGCCUUCAUUUUUCAGAACAAGAAUAGACUGACGAGUUUCAGAAGAAAGUUGUUUGUUUCUGGCCAUUUUGAGCCUGUAAUCGAACCCACAAUUGCUGAUGCUCCAGAUACUCAACUAGUCUCAAGAAGGCCAGUUUUAUUGCUUCUUUAAUCAGCACAACAGUUUUCAGCUGUGCUAACAUAAUUGCAAAAUGGUUUUCUAAUGAUCAAUUAGCCUUUUAAAAUGAUCAACUUGGAUUAGCAAACACAACGUGCCAUUGGAACACAGGACUGAUGGUUGCUGAUAAUGGGCCUCUGUACGCCUAUGUAGAUAUUCCAUUAAAAAUCAGCCGUUUCCAGCUACAAUAGCCAAACUUUUGAACGGUAGUGUGUGUAUAUAUUUUUUUUUCUCAAGAAAAUAAAACAUAUGGGGGAUUGGAAGUGACGCAGACAUUUACAUUUUACAUUUUAGUCAUUUAGCAGACGCUCUUAUCCAGAGCGACUUACAGUUAAGUUAUAUAUAUAUAUUUUUUUUUUAUACUGGCCCCCCGUGGGAAUCAAACCCACAACCCUGGCAUUGCAAACGCCAUGCUCUACCAACUGAGCUACAUCCCUGCCGGCCAUUCCCUCCCCUACCCUGGACGACGCUGGGCCAAUUGUGCGCCGCCCCAUGGGUCUCCCGGUCGCGGCCGGCUACGACAGAGCCUGGAGUCGAUCCAGGAUCUCUAGUGGCACAGCUAGCACUGCGAUGCAGUGCCUUAGACCACUGCGCCAAUCGGGAGACAAUUACAUUGAUGGAAGUUACAAUCUAUCUGUAAUAUUAAAGCUGAUCUACCCCUCCCCCCCAAUAAAAAAAAAAAUGUAGACCCUGACUUAAAACACUAAACACACAUUCUGGUGCGGGAGCGUGGAGUAGCAGUACUGCUGCAGUCUCCCAAGAACAUAUUGAUAUUAGCGAUAUAGGUACGAAUCCCACCACUGACACGUUGAUGCUGUCCCUCCCUCUACUGAAUAAAGAGAAAAUACAGAAGGAGGACACAUUCUGCUCACUGCUUUCCCAGCGGCACAUAUACCAUUUCUAAAACAUCACAUGUAUAACUAACUAGUAAUGAGGAAUAACACAGUCAUAUACUACCAGUAUGAAUGAAUAGCAACAUCUUUAUACGUGCAUAGUUAUAAUUGGACCAAAAACAAGCUGAUUUUGGCAUGGCUGAGCUCAUUUCUGGCCAUGCACACACAGGACAGCGUGGUCCCUGGACUCAGUAGUUUCAUGGCCAACGUGAUAAUGGCCUGCUAUUGUUCCUUAAAAGACUGGCAAGUCCAGCCCAGCGCUGUGGGAUCUGGGAUGGUAACUGUGUAAAUAAAUGUAAAGGAUUUGGUGCCGCAGCCAUCUAAACACUACUGGGUUGUGUCCCAAAUGGCACACUAUAUUCCAAAGUAGUGUACUAUAUAGGGAAAGGGUGUCAUUUGGGACACUGCCCUGGUGUCUAUGUUCAUGGUAUCUGGGUAAAUGUAAAGUGUUGGGUGCAGCCAGCUGAACACUAUUGGUGUCUGUGUUUAAGCAGUAUUGAGAGCUCAUGAUGCAAAACUCAACUCGUGGCUGGAUAGAGAGCGACGGCAGGAAUUGAUGUAAUCUCCUGUUAUGUGCUUUGCUAAUGCUGUUGUAUGCACAAAGCUGAAACCAAACAUCGUAAGAGAGAUAGCUAAAAUAGGGCUUUGCCAUAAGUCAUGUCUGCUAUUUGGGAUGGGAUAUACAGUAUGUGUUUAAUGACUCACUCUAUGUGCCAGAAUUGUAUCAACACAGUUUUAAAAAUUGCUUAGUUUAUUAGUCAGGGACAACAUACUAUGUCUCACCAGAUUUUGCAACACAGCUAAUUUCCAUCUGCAGUCCCUUUCCAUAUGCAGGUAAACAUUCAACAUUUUUACAUAUUAUACAUUUUUUAUUACAUGAUUAAUAAGGGACAGGUCUGUAUCACAUUGUCACAAGGGCACUGACUAGAAAAGACAGACAGACAGAUAGACAGACAGAGUGAUUCAGUGUGACUACAUGGUCGAUGCCAAUGUUUGUGGUGCCCCUAUUCUAGUUGGGAACACUGGUUUGUAAUAAUCUAGGAUCAUUUGUUUCACUUAUUCGCUGUUGUAAAUUGGAUGGUUGCUUUGAGCGCCAGAGAGCCAGUGUAACGUGCUUAUACUAAAGUCUAACCUCGUUCUCCACAGGGUUCAAGUGUCCUGUCUGCUCCAAGUCUGUGGCGUCCAAUGAGAUGGAGGUGCACUUCAUCAUGUGUCUAAGCAAGCCCCGCCUGUCCUAUAAUGGUGAGACACCCUUCCUCUACCUCUCCCCAGACCCUAUAUCCUGUGCUUUAUCUCUCCUUCUCUCCCCUCUUGUUUGCCACUUUUCCUCCUCUGAAUCUCUGCAUUCUUCUCAUUAUCCCUUUGUCUCUCUCUUGCUCACGUAGCCUCUCAUCCCCCUCUCCUAUGAUGCUCUCUCUCCCCUAUCUCUUACUAUGUCGAUGCUGGCUGUGACUGUGGGAAUGUAGAUGUGAACUCUAUAUGACCCAUCUGCCUAGUACCAGAGCUGGGGUCACGGCAGUGUGUUAUUCCCUCCAUUGAUUCUCUCCAUAUUACUACUGUCUGUCUGUCUGUCUGUCUGUCUGCAGACAUGCCUCAAUAUGAUAGUUCAGAAUUGUCCAAUGCAGACUGAAGCCAUAGAAAUAGAAUCCUGUAUUUCUGUAUCAAUGGCUUGAGCUGCUUGUACUUUAGUAAUCACAGUAUCUAAACAAGAAAAACCUGAUCUACAUGCACCAUACAGUAGCCAAAUACAUAGUGUAUGUAUGCCAUUAGCUCUGUAAUUGGUUUUGGUUAAUGUGUAAUCAGUAUGCUCAGAUUGUAGGAGAGACAGUUAAAUGUUCAGAGUGUCAGCUAGGUACAUAUGUAUGUUCAGGGAGUCAAGCCAGGUAUAUGUUCAGAGUCGAUUCAGGUAGACAAUCAGCUUUCCCAGGGCAUUAUGGGUGCCUGUCUGCUGUUCUUUUCCCGUGACACUGUGUGCUGGCCUGGUUCCAGGUUGUGUGAUUGACAGAGUGGCUGGCUGA